AUGGAGCUCGUCAGGCAGAACAAGCGCUGCAUUAACUGUCUCAGCUCAAAACAUGAUCUGGCAGCUUGUCCGAGCCAAUUCUCGUGUCGGACCUGUCAGCAGAAACAUCAUUCGACGCUCCAUGUCGAUUUGAGCUCGCCUGCUACCGCGACCACUGCUCUCGCGACGGGCUCCGAAAUCACUUUCAUUACAUCUCGUCUCGCGCGAACUCUAAAACUGCGUCAUGCCCAACUGCCGUUCGCACUCUCGGCGAUUGGAGGCCUCGAUGCAGGCGUUUGCCGAUUGGCAGCUUCCAUUCUCAUUGCGCCCGUCAACCGAACCGCUCCGGUUAUCGCUGUCGCGGCGUCAAUUCUCCCGUCGGUAACGAGUUACUCUCCUCAGGUCCAACUCUCGCAGGUUCAUCUCGCUCAUCUCGCCGAUCUCGCUCUCGCGGAUCCGAAUCUCUGCAGCGCCGAUCCCUGCGAUCUCCUCAUCGGAGUCGACCUCUAUGGUGAGAUCUUUCGCGACGGUAUUCGAAGAGGUGCUAGCGGGCAACCCUUCGCUCAGAACACGAUUUUUGGGUGGGUGGUGUCUGGCCCUACACCUGUUCAGCGUCCGAAUGGUCAAACACUCACGACACAGCAGUGUUCCAAUUCCGCGUCGCUCUCUCUAGACAAAGAACUGAGAAGAUUCUGGGAAAUAGAAGAAAUUCCUCGUCGAGUCGUUCUCAGUCCCGAGGAACAGCGAUGCGAGGACCAUUUCGUGGCGACUCAUUCGCGCGACGUGGACGGACGAUAUAUCGUCCGCCUUCCGUUUCGUCAUGGUCCUCCCAUCGACAUCGGGAGCUCUCGCGACGUGGCUGAGCGCUGUCUCAAACGACUGAUUCGGCGAUUCAAAACGAACAUCGAGCUCGAAACGGAGUAUUCGAAGUUCAUGUCCGAAUACGAGGCGCUCGGACACAUGCGCCGAGCUCCGUCUACCCCAGAAUCUUCUCAGACAGUCUACAUUCCGCACCACCCGGUUAUUCGCGAGGGCAGCACAACGACCCACCUAAGAGUCGUGUUCAACGCGUCUAGCCUUACCACGAAUGCGAGAUCGCUCAACGAUCUUUUACUGGCCGGACCGAAAUUGCAGACGGACUUGGCCGCGGUUAUCCUUCGCUGGCGUCAAUUCCGGUACGUGUACUCAGCGGACGUCGCAAAAAUGUACCGUCAAAUUAGCGUCGACCCGCGUGACAUUGAUUACCAGCGUGUUCUCUGGGUUGACCGCGACACAGAGAGUAUUCAAGAGUAUCAACUCUUGACGGUGACGUAUGGAACCGCCUCGGCUCCCUUCUUGGCGUUGCGCGUGCUUCGCCAGCUUGUUCAUGAUGACGGUCAUGCUUUUCCGUUAGCCAUCUCCGUGCUAACGGAGAACAUAUACGUCAACGACGUUCUCUUCGGAGCCGACGACAUUCCCUCGCUCCGUCGGAUCCGAGAGCAAGUAUGCUCGCUUCUCGAGCGUGGCCGACUUGCUUUACGCAAGUGGUCGAGUAACUCCGUCGCUCUCCUCAGCGACAUCGAUGAGACGGAUCACGGUCUCGCAUGCAGCCGAGAUCUGCAACCAGACGAGCACCUAAAGGUUCUUGGAAUCUGUUGGAUUCCGUCUGCGGACGUCUUUCAAUUCCGAGUCUCUUAUCCCUCGCUGAUCGCUAUCACAAAACGAUCGAUUCUCUCGACGAUCGCCAAGGUGUUCGAUCCAUUAGGGUGGAGCACCCCGGUUACCAUUUCAGCUAAAAUCUUUCUGCAACGUCUAUGGCAAUUACACGUUGAGUGGGAUGAGCCACUCUCGUCGGACUUAGUGGAUCAGUGGGAGACCAUUCGACCGUCGUUGCUAGAGCUCGACGGCCUUCAGUUAAGUCGGUGGACUCGACGCGGCUCCGCCACUCCGGCGUGCGAGUUGCACGGGUUCUCCGACGCGUCUAAUUACGCGUACGCCGCGGUCAUUUACCUGCGACUCGCGUCGGUGAACGGUGAGGUCUCAUCAACGAUGCUCGUCGCGAAGGCACGGGUCGCCCCGAUUAAAUCGUUGAGUGUCCCUCGCCUAGAGCUUGCGGCAGCCGUUCUGCUUGCCCGUCUCAUGGAGUUCGUCAUCGAAUCGCUUCAACUCUCGCAUGUGCCGUGUCACUGUUGGACGGAUUCCACGGUCGUACUCGCGUGGGUGUCGCAACACCCGUCUAAGUGGAAAACGUUCGUUUCCAACCGCGUUUCCGAGAUCCAAACUCGACUUCCGUCUGCGACGUGGCGUCACAUCUCUACAAUCGACAAUCCGGCCGAUUGUGCAUCGCGAGGGAUUCCGGGGCGGCAGCUCGCGUCUCACCCCUUGUGGCGGCACGGUCCGCCCUGGUUAAAGCUUCCCAGCUCGCAGUGGCCGGAUCUCGUUGAGCAUCCGGAGACCUCCAUGGAACGGACCCUGAAACGACAAGUUCUCUUGGCUCAACCGAUCGAGCCGUGGGAUCUCGCGACGCGAUUCUCGUCGUGGCCGAAACUUCUUCGCGUAACGGCGUACAUUUUACGUUUUGUUUCGCGAAUUCGUAGACGCGAUCCCCCUCCGGUCGAUCUGAGAGAGAGCCCGUCAUCUUUGGCCGCGGCGGAAAUCAGUCGCGCAAAAACCUUUUGGCUCAAGGUUUGGUAA